AUGGAUGCCAGUGCAGCUCAAGACACCGGCGAACAAGGCAACGAAUGGAAUCGUACACAGAAUCAAAACAGUGCCAGCGGCGACGGUGGACGCGUAGGCGUCGGAUCGGCCAACACAAACGUUAUCGAUAUGCAAAAUGCUGGAAAAAUAAAAUUCGAUCCACCCAAAGUCCCAGUGAUAUUUGUUUUAGGCGGCCCAGGUAGUGGCAAAGUGACCCACUGCGACACAUUUAUGCAGGAGCGCCGUGGGGUAACACACAUCAAUAUGAUGGAUCUCUUACAACAAUAUGCCAUGGGGAACGAUAUGCAAGAUUUUUCCCAAUUAUCUUCAAAAACUGUAACCGAAGUUUUAAUGUUAGAAAUGAAAAUGGCUCCAGCUGCCAAAGCAUACCUAAUCUCAGGAUAUCCACGUUCAAUGCGAGAUGUAGUCGAGUAUUCCGAAAAGAUCCAAGUUGUGAAUGGUGUUAUCCUGAUAUCGUGGCGUCAGUCGGUGUUACAGAAACAAAUCGAUUAUGGUGCCAAAUUAGGUCAUGUUGUACUCUCCUUAGCCAAAAUGGAAUUAGAUAAUUUCUUUAAAAAUGUCAUGCCAGUAGCUGAUUAUUUUGAUCAAAGUGAUAUGUUAAUAGCGGUGAAUGGUGAGAGAGCGCCGUCUGAAGUGUACAAAGAUUUCCGUACGGCUGUGCUUGACAUACUGAGUACAUUGGAAAAUCAGGAGGCCAUUCUUAAUGGAGUAACAGGUAUGGGCAGAGGGAUUAAUGAUAUACCCGGCAGUAUAGUUAGCGUAGAUACGGCACCUAGUCAAGCACAGAAUAUUCCAGGGAUCUCUAAUCAUAACGCUGCUCCAAUUUCAACAGUUUUAUCACAGCAUCAGCAACAACAGCCAGCCGCAGUGCCACAGAUGUCGGAGGAUCCCUCAAGAAAUAUAACCAAUGCCGUGAUCUCUCACAUAGCCUCGAAUGCGGCUCAGGCGGUGGCGCCAACGAGGCCACCUGAUUUUAUAACCCAACAGCCGUCACUGACAAAUGCUGCCACCUCCAUGAGCACGGACAUGCAUAGCUUGCCGCCGGUAAUAUGGGUUAUUGGAGGACCAGGCAGCAACAAGGCCACAUUGUGUAUGAAAGCAGUUGGUUUAAAUCCGGGUUGGGCUCAUUUUAGUGUGGGCCGUCUCUUGCGUUCGAUUACCGAUUCAGCACCACGUGCCAAUACCGAAAGUUAUGCCGUGAAAGAGGCAUUAGCUGCCGGUGAAAUGGCUCCAGAAAAAGCCCUUAAUGUUAUAUUGGAAGCGAAUUUAAAACAAUUUACGGAUAAAACUGGCAUCAUUAUAGAUGGUUUUCCAAGAAAUAUGCAGCAAGUUAAAUAUUUUGAAGAUAAGUACAAACAACGUCCCCCCAUUAUAUUAUUGGAUUGUUCCAAACUGCAACUAGGACGUGGUCGAAUAGAUGAUACCGUGUCCUCAUUUCGCCGUAGACUGGAACUAUUUCGAGAACAAACUUUACCCAUGCUUAAGGCCAUGGACAAUAGCAAUCGUUUACAAAUUAUCGAUGGCGAUACCGAUAGUCCAUCGGUUCAAAGAGAAUUUGAGAAAUCCAUACGCAAUCACAUACAAAAUCUCACAGGCAGCCAAUUGAAUCAUGUACAGCGGCCGAUGAGCAGACAGCCGCCACAUGUGGAUCAACAAACCGAUGCCAUACUACAGGAUCUGGAGAAUAAUGUGCCUGGUGCAGUGCCAACAAUAAGCCAUCAUGUUAGUCUCAUGAAUGGUCAUAUCAAAAAUCGCAAUACAAGUGCUAAUAAUCAUUUGGCCAAUAACAAUAAUCACAAUAAAAUCACCAGUCACAUGAAUGGUGAUAUUGGACAAACCGGACAGAGAAUGGAUUUCCGGCAUAUGCUAGAGGAAGCCGAACGUUAUCCGGUGGAUUCAUACAUGUAAAAAUACAAAAGCAACAAACAGAAACCUAAAA